AUGAAGCUCUUUUACAGACAUAUUCUACUGUUCGGCAUUCUAUCAACUUUCAAUCCGGUUAUAGGCCAGAUCGCCCCUGCCCAAAAUGUCCUAGAUGGGAAAGGGGAAGCAGCAAAACCAGCUACCGGAGGAUUAGGAGCGGGAAGUCCGGUUUCUAGUCUUGCUCCUAGUACAGAUGACCCUCUUAAGACUGUUGGGGGGCUUUUAGAAAGCCUCGGUCUGAACAAUUUGGAUCUUAGCAGUCUCGUCGACAUCGACUGGAAGAACAAUGAGCAAGUAUUAAAUCUCGGUGGACCGGAGGGCAAAGGAAAAAUCAACCUCCUGGCAUCCAAGAAGCUUGGAAGGGACAACGCGACGGAUGACGAAAAAAGGGAGGUCGUAAAAGACGCGUACUACAGCACAGAUCAGGGCAAGGCACAAAAGAAAGCAGAAAACGACCAGAAGAAUGGACGGCUGAAUUUCUUCUAUGCAUAUGGCAUGCAGAGUGAGGGCGACAUCGUACGGCCUAAAUGGGUGAUGAUGUUCGACAAUGGUUUCACUGCCCAUAGGUACUUCAAGCUGGUUCAGAAGUCCUAUCAAGAGUAUUAUAAGAACAACCGUCACAAAUGCAACGAGCACCCUACUCCGCAAAUCUUCAUCUUUCCUCAUGGUGUUGGACCCGAUAAGUUGGAGAAUGUAGAGGCAUACACAAACUUUACGGGGAAGGUCUUCUUCUCACCUGUGGAUGAAAAAAUCAUGCCUGUUAUUCCACAUCAAGAUCUAUUUGGCCACCUGCCGUCUCGCUUCUCGCCAUAA